AUGUGUGAUUUGCCUAUUAAAAUCUCUGGGCGUAUAAUUCCGUGCAAGUAUCUUUUUUGCUAUGACUGUGCUAAUUUAUAUGAAAGAAAAGGAGGUAGGAUAUGACCAGGCUGUAGUAUUUCUGUGCUGCGAAUUGAGGAGCAUACACGAGCUGUCUUCAUGUGUAGCGCCGGCCAGGAGUGCAGGAAAACUUAUUUGUCUCAGUUAGAAGCUCGUAUCAACUACCACCAUAAGAGAGCUAAAAAACUUGUUAAAUGUGCUCCGCUUAAAAAAUUUCACCCUCGUAUUGCUUCACCAACAACUGAAAUCCCUGAAACGCUGCUAGACCAGGACCAUAUGAGCCAUAUUCCACCAGAGUUGCACAGCAUUAUGUCACCAUCUCCUGUGCAGUGUGUAUCACACAAGCGCAGUAACCAGCCACGCGAGGAUCUUUAUGCUCCUCCAGCAGAAUUGUCCACCCCACCUCCCUUGCUCCAUCAGGAAAUCGUUAGUAUUUCAACAAGAGAAUACAGCAAUUUAAUAAUCACCCCUAUUCAGGGUGACUCAAAUUAUGGUGCUAAAGAACUAUCACCUCCUGCCCCAGCACCGGCUCACCAUCAUCCUGAAUAUCAAAGUCAACCAGUGGUAUUGCCCCCUUAUAUUAUGCCUCCAGAGGAACAUGCACUACCCCCAUCUACUCCACCACCAGUAAGCCAUCCAAUGUCAUAUUCUCUCCAGGAUUCAGGUACUCCUCAGUUGGUUUGUAGUCAAGUGCCACCGCCACCCAUGACUUCUGAUCCAUCACCAGUAACUUCUUCCCCUGGAUGUAUUAUUGCCCUGGUGCCACCUUAUAUGAAUCCUUCUCUGCCAGGAUCUCCUCUGUCUCAUAAUGGUGGUCCACCUGUAAGUGAAUUCCCUUCUGACCAUCAUAAUCCUAACUCUUUACCCCAGUUCACCGAAGAACAAGAAAUUCUGAGCCCUCUGUUUAUACAACAGGAUGGAACAAAUCCUGGUACGUGACCUCUGUCGAAAGGACUUUCACCUCCUUCACCAGCACAAGGUCCACCUUCCCCAACCCCACUUUCUGGAUCACAUUGCUCAGAUCAGACAAGAUAUAGACCAUAUUCACAUUGA